GAGACUGUGUAGGGGCCACUAAAACACGAAUUAUUAUCAAAAAAAGGGGGUUUUCUCUCUUUUUUUUUACUUGUAAAAGAAAAUAUUUUUUUUUAGUUUAACUUCUGUGCCGUUGGAACCAGCAAUCGGGAAGUAAGGGGACUUGUGUAGCAGAGUACGCGCUGGAAACCUGUUGCCGACUAGUUAACUUCUAUCCAAGAUGUGGCUUUGUUGAUGGGAUGGCGUCUGGCUGCACCUCCGGACUACCAGCAUUUCCCUCUCAUUUGAGUUUCUAGCUCUCCUUGCCUGGGAAGAUGCACGUGUCUCUGGCAGAAGCCUUGGAGGUUCGAGGAGGCCCGCUGCAGGAGGAGGAGGUGUGGGCAGUGCUCAGCCAGAGUGCAGAGAGCCUCCAAGAGCUUUUUCACAAAGACCCUGCAGCCAUGGGCUUCAUUAUUUCGCCCUGGUCCCUUCUCCUCAUGCCCUCUGGAAACAUCUCCUUCACAGACGAGUAUGUCACCCAGCAGGACUUGAGAGCCUUCACCGCUCCAGAGGUGCUGGAAGGGAUUUCCUUGAAUUCAAUUUCUGACAUAGAGAAGAUGCACAUGUACUCUCUGGGAAUGACCUUAUUUUGGGGAGCAGACUAUGAGAUCCCCCAAAGCCAGCCAAUGAAGCUGGGGGAGCACCUUAACAGUCUACUCCUCAACAUGUGUGACGAGGUUGCGUUGAGUCGCAUGUCGCUGCGCACGGUGCUGGACAUCUGCAGCAAACACAUCAGAAACUCCAGCUGUGACCCUUCCUUUACCUACGUCAGAAGACUGGUCCGGUUAGUGCUGGGCAGCCUCUCUCAGUUGGAUGGUCUGGUGACAGAUCGAGAGUCUCUUCCGGAGCGAAGUAAAGAGAUUCGGGAGAGGUUAAGAGGCAAAGGCCUACCAUCAGGGAGGAGUGCCGCCCCCAGGGUUUUGGAGCGCUACAGAGCCAGGACUCAGGAACAAACCGCUCUAAACCGGGGCCUCAGUCGGUCCAUGGGCUCGCUGCCAAUCCAGGAGCUGUUGAAGGGGGACGACGGUGCAGCCCUACAGUUUUCCUCUUCCGAUUAUCACACAAACUCUGAAUCUCCCACAGAACUCUACCCCAAACCGCCCUCGCUUCAGCACCAGACCUCUUAUCCCCACCUGCAGCCUUUUCACCCCCAGCAAAAGGGCCGGGCUGUGGAACUGGACCACAGGUCUCUAAACUUCUACGGUGGGGACGUGAGGCCGAAACAGGCCAGAAAGACCUGGGCCUCCUCCGUGGACUUGGCUUGCAUUGACCCGGAGGCUCUUCGUUUCGGGGCCUUGGAGGAUGCUCGGCGAGGCAGCAAUGCCUUAAGUACGCACUCUGUGGGCAGGCGGCAGUCGCCUUUGUUGGCAUCCAGGGAGAAGGAUGUACGGUACUCUGAGUUCGGUGGGCUGAAGAAUAGAAAGUCUCAUCAGUUCUCGACCCUGUCUGUUGGCUCAGGAUUUUCUGGUGCUUAUGACAGGAUUAAAGAAAGACAGAGGAAGCUUCAGGCACUACAACAAGCAGUGGAUGAUCCAAUCCACACCCACCAGCGGUACCACAGUGAUUACAGCUCCUCCAGUGAGAGCACCUCAGUGGCCUCCUCUGAUCCGGAUUACCGUCAAGCUAAGAAACCCGGAGAGGUGACAAGAUACGGCUCCCACCUGGCACUUUCUCCUGAACACGACGCCUUGUCAGUCACGAGUCACAACACGCAGAGACACAGGCAUGAUGAGGGACUGGCCGAAGAUGGUCUGGUUGGAGCUGAGCUGCUCCUGCAGAGGCAGGAGGAGGAGGUGCAGAGACUCCAGGCGCACCUGGCCAACAGGUUGUCCAGGGCCAACUUCUAUCCCGCCGACGAGCCCCUGGUCCCACCUCACACUUCCCUGCUCGACCUUCAGGAUCCUCUUUACACUUCUUCUGUAUCACUUCGCAAAAACAAGAACUUUCAUGGGCCUGAGUUUGUGAAGAUGGCCAGUGAGCCCGGUGUUGCCUUAACCGUGCCCUCUUCAAUCAUGAAACGCGGGAAGGGGGAAGAAGUGCAGAAGAAGGUGGGAGUGAUGCUGCUGAACGGCCAAAAGCUGGAGCUGAGCUGCGACAUCAAGGCGGUUUGUAAAGACGUUCUUGACAUGGUGGUGGCCCACAUAGGGUUCGUGGAGCAUCAUCUUUUCGGCCUUGCAUACCUCAAAGACGAUGAGUUUUUCUUUGUGGAGCCUGAUGCCAAACUGACCAAAGUGGCCCCGGAGGGAUGGAAAGAGGACCCUAAGAAAAGAAGAUCCGACAUGCCUUUUAACCUUUUCCUUCGCAUCAAAUUCUUCCUCGAUGACGUCAACCUCAUACAGCAUGCCAUGACCAAACACCAGUACUAUCUACAGCUGAGGAAGGAUAUCUUGGAGGAAAGAAUUCGCUGCAACACAGAAAACGCCAUGUUGCUGGCUUCGCUGGCACUGCAGGCUGAAUUUGGAGACUACCAACUCGAGCUCCAUGGGAAGACCUAUUUCCGACUGGAACACUACCUGCCCGUGUCUGUCUUGGACAAAGUGGAUCAAACCACCCUCAGAGAAGAACUGCCAAAGCUUCACAGCAACUACUACGGAGUUUCAGAAUCUGAAGCAGAGUUUGAGUUCCUCAAGGUGAGCCAGAGACUGAUGGAGUAUGGGGUCCACUUCCAUCGGGUCCUUCCAGAAAAGAGAUCUCAGACGGGGAUCAUGCUGGGUGUCUUCUCCAAAGGAGUCCUCAUCUUUGAAGUUCUCAAUGGCAAUCGGACCCCGGUCCUGAGGUUCCCCUGGAGGGAGACCAAGAAGAUUUCCUUCACAAAAAAGAAGAUUUGCCUUCAGAACACAUCAGAUGGGAUUAAGCACCUUUUUCAGACGGACAGCAACAAGACGUGUCAGUAUCUGCUUCAGCUGUGCUCGGAUCAGCAUAAAUUCCACCUGCAGAUGAAGGCCCGCCAAAAUAACCAAGAGCUGCAGGACCUAGAGAACUGCCCCUUGAGUAGUUUGCAGUAUUCGGUCAAUCCCGGGGGAGGUCCGUCGGGAUGGACGGUGAGCUCAGGCAGUCUGGCCCCGAGCCUAUCGACACGCUCCAACCCAGACAUCUUGAAGAGGAUCUCUUACUCAGAAGUGGCUCUCAACAAGGCCCCGUCCGGCUUAGGCCAAGAUGAGCUUCACCUCCCUGGUUUCAAUCCAGGGCCUUCAAUGGCACUUUCCAAUCCACGGAUAAUGAGUCGAUCCCACCACAAUCUCGCCCAGAUGCCGGAAUCUCCGGGGCACCAAGAACUGACCCAACCAAAAUCAAACCAAGUGGCUUCCCACUUCCAGCAGCGCCAGCAAGCCAGCUCAGACACAGACUCCCUGUCGAAUCAACAGGACAAAUCAUUUAGUCCACUACCCCACAGCAGUCCUGCCUGGCGCCUCAACAAGUCUAAAAAAGAGUCUGACUCUUCAUCUUUAGAGGAUGCUGGCCAAGCAUACGUAGUCGGUGUAAGCAUGCACGGUUCCUCUGGACCACCUUCAACCCCCGGCUCUGUUCAUGAUUCACUGAAGAAAAAGGUCGAUGAGCUGCCAUCUCCAGAGAGAGAAAUCAGAGCUGUAAGCCUGAAGAAAGAUGUGAAAUAUGGACUGGGGUUUCAGGUUGUGGGAGGGGAGGACUCUGGUCGAACAGACCCCGGUACCAUCAUCAGCGCCAUCACUCCUGGAGGUCCUGCUGAUGUCAACGGCUGCCUCAAACCUGAUUUAUCUUCAGGAUAUGUUCCCAACCAGCCCAAGACUUCAUUAAAGUUGCUUAACGUUGAUACAUCAUCAGAGGAACAUCCAGGAACAGGGAGUCCCAGUCCAACGCGGCAUGGCGCUGGUGUAGCGUCAUAUCCCUCAUCCCCCGGCCACCAGCGUGCCAGCCUCAGUCCUCAAGAGUCCAGGCCAAGCAGCGUUGCUAAAAUCAGCCACCCCGCCCCUAACGGAGUUCAGCAGUGCUUGGAAAGAGCCAAAGCCGCCGUAUCCAUCGUCCAACAGCAUGGACCAGAACCAAGUGCAGCUUCGGGUCCCACUCCACCAGCUCUGCCACCGAAAACGAGAAAGGUUAAAACUCCAGAAGUUCCCAAAGUGACGGAGUACUCUGACAGGGGGGAUUCGGACAUGGACGAGGAGACGUUUUCCAGUAGUCAAGAGAAACUGAAGGUCAAAAAGGAAUACGUCACGGAAAAUGUACAUGACAAUGCCCCAGGGGUCAGUAGUCUCCAUCCAGGAGAUCUAUUUGACGUUGAGCUGUCUAAAAAAGACAGCAGCCUGGGCAUAAGUGUCACGGUACUGUUCGGCAAGGGGGGAGCAAAUACAACCGUCCGACAUGGAGGCAUCUAUGUCAAAGCCGUCAUACCGAAAGGUGCUGCAGAGCUCGAUGGACGGAUACAGAAAGGUGACCGCGUAGUGGCCGUAAAUGGAAAAGGUCUGGAGGGAGCCACCCAUCAGCAGGCGGUCGAUGCCCUCAGAGACACGGGACAGGCAGUGCACUUGUUACUAGAGAAGGGUCAUCCACCUGCAGACGUCGGCCACGCUCCCCUCACGCCCCAGGGCACCGCACGAUGUGCUUCCAGUGGCCGCGAUCAGACCAGAGACCGGGAGCAACCUGCUGAGUCCAAAGAAAAACCCGAGUACAGCUUUGUCACCCGAGAUAACGUGUUUGAGGUGGGCCUGCUGAAGAACACUUCGGGUCUGGGCUUCAGCUUCAGUCGUGAGGAGCACAUUCCCAGUGAUCCCCACGGCUCCAGCAUGGUGCGGGUUAAGAAGUUGUUCCCGGGCCAACCGGCCGCAGAGAGCGGUCGGAUCUCCGUGGGCGACGUCAUCUUGCGCGUCAACCAAACCCCCCUCAAGGGUCUCUCGCAACAUGAAGUGAUAUCUGCCUUGCGGGGAACAGGACAAGAGGUGACGUUGCUGCUCUGUAGACCUGAGCUUGGCGUCCUCCCUGAGAUGGAUGCUGCAGUUAUGACACCGAAACCAUCACCAAGAAGAGAGCCGGCAACACUCGCUGAGCCCAGCCCGAACUUGGACAGGACCGCUUCUCCUCCCGGUAACCAAGGCAACAGGAACCCGGGCCCCGUGGGAGAAGCCCUGGAAAGGCUGCAGCUCAAAACUCCCGGCCGACACAACAGCUACAGCGACAGUAGCGACGGGGACGGGGAGGUGGAAGAAGCCUUCAGCCCCAGCGCUCUGCAACACAGCAGGCAAACCUGGGAACAAAGCAUUUAUCAAACUCCCAGCAGCAACCUCGGACUGGGACGCUACGACAGCUCUGGUCAGCUGAAUAACACCUUCCACUCGGCUUUCUAUUCCCCGAACCUGUCCAUGACGAGGUCAGACAUCAGCAACAGGUGUCCUUCAUCACCUGUGGCAGCUGAUCUGAACUCAUCAGCGCUACAUGCCCCGAGCCCAGACCCCCUGCCCCCUCCGCUGCCCCUAAACCUGCCAGGCAACGGACAGCACAUGGACGAAUUUCUCCCGGAAGUUGAGCUAAACAUCUCUUUGAUGAAGUCGGAAAAGGGCAGCCUUGGCUUCACCCUCACCAAAGGAAACGAUCACGGGUGUUACAUCCAUGACAUUGUCCAGGAUCCAGCCAGAGGAGAUGGAAGGCUCAGGGCCGGGGAUCGAUUGAUUAUGGUCAACAACAUAGAUGUGAGUAAUAUGGGCCACGCCGAGGUGGUCAACCUCGUGCGUGCCGCCCCUCGGGUGGUUGAUUUAGUAGUAGGGAGGGUCCUGGAGGUUCCCAAACCCCCCAUCGAAGCCCAUCUGCUGCCUGACAUUUGUUUCAAGAGCAACCAUGAACCACUAGGGUUGGUACUGGACGGGGGUAGGGACAGUGUGUAUGGGGUGUUAUUUGUGAAAGAGAUCACGCCGGGUUCACUGGCCUCGAAGGAAGGGAGCCUGAGGGUGCUCGACUUAAUCCACUACAUCAACGGCGCCCCGUCCCAGGACCUGACUCUCGGUGAGAGCACGAGGCUGCUGGAGUUCUCCCUGGACGACCUCACGCUCAAGGCCACGCGGGAUGGAAAGCCCGUUUCACCUGAGCAGAAAAGUGUCUCUUUUCAAAACAACAACAUUAUCUCCAAAAUUUCGUCCAGCCUAAAUGGGUUCGUUAAAGGGGAAGAUUCAAGAGAUAUGGAGAGCCUCACUUCACUUUGCCCUUUAGAGGAGGAGAUCAUAAAGCUGGAUCUGGAGAAGCCGCAGUCAGGAGGUUUGGAUUUCUCUGUAAUUGGAGGAGAGAGGGGGAUUUUUGUGAAGUCCAUAAAGCCCGGAGGAGUGGCCGAGUCCUCAGGCAGGCUGCAAGUUGGAGACAGGCUGCUGAAAGUGAAUGAAGAUCUGAUGACCGGGGUGUCCCACACCAAAGCUGUCACCACCAUUCGUAAAGCUAAAGGCCUGGUGCAUCUUAUCAUAUCCAGACCACGUGAUCAGAGCCCCAACACAUACCUGGCCUAUCUGCCCAUCACCACUGAUAAGUGCAACGGCAACAAUGAUCUGAGUGAGGACAGAGGAGUCAAGGUCCGGCUGCGUUUGCCACGCGAUGAUGUGACAUCACGGAGCGUCCCCACCAUACCCCCAAUAGAUUAUGAAGAUUGCUCGCUGGAGCCGAACAAAGACGCGGAGCAGAGUGUAGAUCUUUCAGAGGACACGGACUGUGAUGGGUCAUCGUUACCCGAAGACUCUCCCGUGAAUUCCCGGAAACUCAUGUGGCAUGAAGAGAGUGUUGACGAUCCAAGGAAUGAAAACUAUCUGCAGAUGAGCGCUGGACAGCCAGAGGAAGAUGACAUCACAUGGGGAAGUGAUGAACUUCCCAUUGAAAGCAUGAACUCCAAAUCAAGAGACGACGGGCCAAUUAUCACAGAAGACGAACUGACGUCUCUGCCCCUGGUCAAAGUGGUCCCUGACGGCCAGUACACGGGACCGAAGCUCAACGUGGUGGUCCGCAUGAUGAGGGGGCUUCUUGAGCAGAAAGUCCCACUUCAAGAAUUUGAGAAUCUUCAGAACCUCCAGCCGCUGGACGACUGCUUGAUCGGUCAGACGAAGGAGAACAAGAAAAAGAACCGCUACAAGAACAUCGUUCCCUUCGAUACGACUCGCGUUGUGCUCGGCAAAGACGGAGGUUACAUCAACGCCAACUUCAUCAACAUGCCGGUGAAGGACGAGAGCUACAUGUACAUCGCCUGCCAGGGGCCGUUACCCACCACACUCGGGGACUUCUGGCAAAUGGUGUGGGAGCAGAAGUCCAACGUGAUCGCCAUGAUGACCCAGGAGGUGGAGGGGGGGAAGGUGAAGUGUCAGAGGUACUGGCCCGACACCCCCAGGACCGCGGAGAUGGUUGACGACCGGCUCCAGAUAAUGCUGAUCAAAGUCCAACAUCUGGACAACUUCGUGAUCCGACUCAUCGAGGUCAAAGAUGUCCAGACGGAUGAGAUCCAGCGUGUGACCCACCUGAACUACACCGGGUGGCCCGACCACGGGACGCCCACGCAGCCCGAUCAGCUGCUCACAUUCAUUUCCUACAUGAGGCACAUCCACAGAUCGGGGCCGAUAAUCACGCACUGCAGCGCAGGAAUCGGCCGCUCGGGGACUCUCAUCUGCAUAGACGUGGUUUUGGGGCUCAUCAGCAAAGAUGCCGACUUUGAUAUUUCAGACGUGGUGAGGAAUAUGAGACUUCAGAGACAUGGAAUGGUCCAAACAGAGGAUCAAUAUAUUUUCUGCUACCAAGUCAUCCUCUACGUGCUCAGAUGUCUGCAAGCGGAGGAAAAGAUCUCAGGAUAGUAGAAGCCACACAGGCUCUGUUUGAGUUGACUGGCAAACAUUGCCAAAUUACACUACAUGUUUUAUGUUUUUUUAUGCUUUAAACUAUUUGGUUUUCUUGAGAGUAAAUCUUGAGAGUAAAUCCUUCUAAAAGCUCUAUAUUUUUAUGUUUGCUUCUCAAGUUCUUUCUGGCUGCUACUUCCUUUUGAUGCAUUUAUGCAAGCUGCUGAUUGUAAUUCAUAUCAUCCACAGAGGACACUUUUCUUUUUUUUUUUUUUUUCCAGAUUCUUUGGUAUUUUUAGAGGAUUAUGAAAUGAUUUCAUGUUUUAUGUGGACCCUUUUUGUGUAUCUUGAAGCCUGUUUUGAUGCUGAAACUUGCCUUGACAGAAUACUAUGUCAGUAUUUGCUAUGUAAAUCUAUUACGCAGAACCUGCUCAACGCCGGAGGCAAACCAGGACGUUUAAAGUGUACAUAUUCAUCUUUCUAAAUAUUAAACUGGACACGUUUUAUCUGUUAUGUAGGGGAAAUUUUCUUUAAACAAAAAAAUAGCUCAAAUAUUAUACUUGUUUCUCGUCAUAUUGUGUUUUAUUUUUUUUUUAUUAAAGAUUUUGCAGCUCUAUUGGCCUUUAUCCAAGUUGUAGACAUGAAGAGGGUAGAGAGUGAGAAUGGGGACGACGAGGACUGUAGACUGUACAUGGGCCGCUUGUUUAAACCACUGUGCCACCCAAAAAAAGCACAAAGAAGAGAAUUACAACUUAUCCACUCUUACAGGUGUAAACUGCACAAUUUUGCAGUUAUGAAGUUAAAAUUCUCUGCUGAGGCUGCCGGGGAUGCUUUGGCCUUAGCCCCAUCACCAUUUCUCUUUUGGAAAGUUUCAUGAAUCGUUUUAAAAGUUUGAUGUGGUCUCUGAUACACAUCGAGUAUUGCAACUAUUGCGGUGUAUCAAUAUGCUUACUUUUCAGAUGUCAACGUGAUCUAUGUUUGUAUGUUGUAUGUAGUUACUGAACACAAAUGACUUGAAAUAAAGUACGCCCCUAAGGUGUCUGAGAGAAUAUUGGAGAUGGCUGCAAGUCCUGUAGCAGGUUGUGCACCAGUUCGAAGCAAAGAUGGCUUUCCUUUUAACAGUUUCGCCACCAUGUGGUGCCAAAAAUGUAUGAUUUUAUCUUUGUAAAAUGAGUCCGAGAAGGAGUUCAAAUGUAUUUCAUGUUAGUCUUGGACUUUGUUGGCCGUGCAGUUGCCCAGUUAAGCGAAAUAAAGUUUAUAUUCCUGAAUAAAUUGCAUCGGAAAAUCUGUUUGU